UUGGCACCAUUCUGCUGAGGCGCGGUAUAAAUUCUGCCGCUCGGCCCCAGCCCCUUCACUGGCUCAAGCGGGUACUGGUAUAACUGGCUCUCAGUUUCACAAUGGCGUCAGACCAUCAGAUGCCAGCCUCUAAGCAACAGCAAGCCAGCUCCAAGAUUGUCGUCUUUGAGCAAGAGAAUUUCCAAGGUCGCUGCCAUGAACUUAACGCAGCUUGUUCCAAUUUGAAGGAGGCCGGAAUGGAGAAAGUUGGCUCCAUCCUAGUACACUCUGGACCCUGGGUUGGCUACGAACAGGCAAACUGCAAAGGGGAGCAGUUUGUGUUUGAAAAGGGCGAGUAUCCCCGCUGGGAUUCCUGGACCAACAGCCGGAGGAGCGACACCAUUGGCGCCCUGAGACCCAUCAAAGUGGACAGCCAGGAACACAAGAUCGUCCUCUAUGAAAACCCCAGCUUCACCGGCAAGAAGAUUGAGAUCAUAGAUGACGAUGUGCCCAGCUUCCAUGCUCAUGGCUACCAGGAAAAAGUGUCAUCUGUGCGCGUGCAAAGUGGCACCUGGGUUGGAUACCAGUACCCCGGUUACAGAGGCUACCAGUACCUGUUUGAAAAGGGGGACUAUAAGGACAGCUCAGAGUUUGGUGCCCAGCACCCCCAGAUUCAAUCCGUCAGGCGCAUCCGGGAUAUGCAGUGGCAUCAGCGAGGGGCCUUUCACCCCACCAACUGAAGCCCCCCACCCCUCCCCCCCGAGUGCCCGGAGGAGAAGGAAACCAGAACCAGUUUUAUGUGACCUGCUGCUGUUUCCCGAUG